UAAUCAAUUUCAUUACGCAACUGAGUAGAAGUCGGGCAACUGCGUCUUUGCAAGCUGAGCCUCACCUCUUUCCUUUCUCUCUCUGCUCGUGCGAGCUGUUCAUGAACAUCCUCGGCAGUCUCAGAGUCUCGGCGGCUUCAUCUGUACGGUCAUGUAGUCGCCGAAUGCUCUCAGAAGCUGGACCGUCACGUCUGGUCCUUACCGCAAGGAGCUUGCACCGAGAACAGAGAUGUUUCAACACGUCUACUGUCACAGACUUUCCACCCACACAACCACUGCGCUUCCCGAGAUGGGUCAACAACACGAAGCAGAGCGCACCACCCAAGUUGGCAGAGUCGUCUGACAGCAGUGCGACGUCAGGAGAAAGUCCUGAGUCGCAGGCUUCCACCGAGGUACGCUUAGACAGUUCUGAAGACAGUCAAGCACCCCCACAGUCGUCCGCACCUCCGUCUUCUUCAUCGUCCUCUUCCGGCGAUGGGUCAGACAGCUCAGGAUCGGAUCCACCGCCUUCACCACCUCCAGAUCCUCCUACGCAAAACCAGACGUCGAUAUCCAAACAAUCUGUACCGGAAAACUACCCAGAAGUCCUUGCGCUCCCUAUUGCUCGUCGUCCUUUAUUCCCCGGUUUUUACAAGGCUGUCGUCAUUCGGAAUCCUGCUGUUGUUGCUGCUAUCAAGGAGAUGAUGCGUCGUGGACAACCCUACCUCGGCGCAUUCCUGCUCAAAGACGAACAUGCCGAUAGCGACGUGAUUACGGAUCUUAACCAGGUUCAUUCUGUUGGUGUUUUUGCGCAGAUAACUAGCGUGUUUGCUGCGAAUACUGGACCUACCGGAAACAACGAUGAGAAAGAGGAAGGUUUGACAGCUGUUCUCUACCCUCAUCGACGCAUCAAGAUCACGGACCUUGUGAAGACUGGAGGUACUGCCGCGACUGCUUCUAUUGAGGCCGUCAAGGAACCUGUACCAGAAAAGCCGGAACCUUCUGCUGAAGAAUCGCUACCGACUCCACCUCCUACACCCAAGGAAGAGUUGGUGUCGCCAACAUUUAUGCAGACGUCUUUCUUGCACCAGCACAACGUCUCGAUCGUCCGCGUAGAAAACCUUGUCACCCAGCCAUACAACAAAGAUGAUCAAUAUAUCCGAGCGUUCAUGUCAGAAAUCGUUUCCGUGUUCAAGGACAUCGCUCAGCUAAACCCGCUCUUCCGAGACCAGAUCACCAACUUCUCGAUCAACCAGGUCGCUUCGAACGUCUUCGAUGAGCCAGACAAGCUUGCAGAUUUCGCUGCUGCGGUGUCCACAGGCGAAGUUGGCGAAUUGCAGGACGUGCUAGAGAGUUUGGUCGUAGAGGAUAGGCUCCGGAAAGCAUUGCUCGUACUCAAGAAGGAACUUAUCAAUGCGCAACUUCAGAGCAAGCUUUCCCGUGAUGUCGAUAGCAAGAUUGCCAAACGCCAGCGGGAGUACUAUUUGAUGGAACAGCUCAAGGGUAUCAAGAAGGAACUGGGCAUGGAGUCGGAUGGGAAGGACAAGAUGAUCGAGAAGUUCAAGGAGCGGGCAGCAUCGCUGAAGAUGCCUGAGCAUGUCAAGAAGGUGUUCGACGAGGAGCUCAACAAGUUGCAACACCUUGAACCUGCCGCGUCUGAAGCGAAUGUUACCCGGAACUACCUUGAAUGGUUGACUCAGAUCCCCUGGGGUCAACAUUCUCGUGAGAACUAUUCGAUCGCUCAUGCCACCAAAGUCCUGGACGAAGAUCACUACGGCUUGCAGGAUGUCAAGGACCGCAUUCUUGAAUUCCUGGCAGUGGGCAAACUUCGUGGUACCGUUCAAGGCAAGAUUAUCUGUCUCGUUGGCCCCCCUGGUGUUGGGAAAACGUCGAUUGGCAAGUCGAUCGCACGGGCACUCAAUAGGCAGUUCUUCCGGUUCUCAGUUGGUGGUCUGACGGAUGUGGCGGAGAUCAAGGGUCACAGACGAACUUACGUCGGCGCGUUGCCCGGCAAGAUCAUUCAGGCUCUGAAGCGUGUCGGUACCGAGAAUCCACUUGUCUUGAUUGACGAAGUGGACAAGAUUGGUCGUGGACACAAUGGCGAUCCUUCGAGUGCCUUGCUCGAGAUGCUCGAUCCUGAGCAGAACACAGGGUUCCUGGACCAUUACAUGGACGUUCCCGUAGAUUUGUCCCGAGUUCUCUUCGUUUGCACAGCGAAUGUUUUGGAUACCAUUCCCCCACCUCUACUUGAUCGAAUGGAGGUCUUGGAAGUUAGCGGUUACGUUUCAGAGGAAAAGGCCGUCAUUGCCGACAAGUACCUCGGUCCCCAAGCCAAGGAAGCGUCGGGACUUAAAGAUGCCGACGUACAAGUAAUGCCAUCUGCUAUCGACGUGCUGAUCAAGUACUACUGCCGUGAAAGUGGUGUUCGUAACUUGAAGAAGCACAUUGAGAAGAUCUACCGCAAAGCGGCACUGAAACUCGUUCAAGAUCUCGGUGAAGAUGUCUUCCCGGAACCAGAUGGAGCCUCGGCAGCAGCACAGAAGGAGAAGUCUGAGAACAAGACCGUUGAGAAGCAGGACGGACCACCUCCCAGAGAACCCACUCCAGAGAUCUCCACUGCUGGUGCUGAGACGGAGACUACUCCGUCAUCGGACUCGUUAACGGAGCGCAUCGUCACGACCGUAGAGCGCAAGCCUCUGCGAGUACCCGACACCGUCCACGUUCAUAUCACUCCAGAAAAUCUGAAAGACUAUGUUGGUCCUCCGGUAUAUCAUAAGGAUAGGCUAUAUGUCACCGCGCCACCUGCAGGUGUCAGCUCUGGUCUUGGAUAUCUCGGUAAUGGUUCAGGUGCGGUUAUGCCCAUUGAAGCUACGGUGAGUCUGUUGCGGUAUGACCUCUUCCGUCUGAGUACUAAGUGUCUUUUUUUGUUAUGUAGUCGAUGCCCGGUAAAGGUGGUCUUCAGCUUACCGGCAAGCUCGGUGAAGUCAUUCGAGAGAGUGCUCAGAUCGCUCUGAGCUGGGUAAAGAGCCACGCUUAUGAACUUGGAAUCACGAAAUCGCCUGAUGAACAGUUCCUGACUGAUCGCGAUAUCCAUGUUCAUAUGCCUGAGGGUAGCAUUGGGAAGGAAGGUCCUAGUGCUGGUACGGCGAUACUGUCGGCAUAUGUUUCUCUUUUCACAAAAACCAAGAUCAAUCCCGACAUCGCUAUGACGGGUGAAAUCUCACUUGUCGGACAGAUAUUGCCAGUCGGUGGGUUGAAGGAGAAAAUCCUGGCGGCGCAUAGGGCGGGUAUCAAGACUAUCAUUGCUCCUGAGGCGAAUCGACCCGAUAUCGAGGAGAACGUUCCCGAGAGCGUGAAGACUGGCAUCCGUUUCGUCUAUGUGGAGGACGUUCGAGAGGUCUUACAUGAGGUGUUCCGUGGGGAGCCCGUGGCAGAACGAUGGAAGGAUACCCUCUCACCAUGAGGCUUCUACGGUCAGAGGGACAUUGUCUACUAACUUACUUGCAAUGUCGUACAUUUAGUCCACAUUUGUAAUUCUCUCUCUCACAUUGUCGUCUGUCGUCUUAUAAAGUACUUAGAUGCAUCUGUCGUACUCGCACUCACAUAUUGUAUAAUUAGAAUGCAUAUCCCAACUCCAGUGUAUCACUCCUCUUUCGCGUCUUGAGCUCGAGCGGUUGCCCACGUGUUUUGGCGCGUAGUAAAAUUUAGGCCUAAACUCAAUAAUCCUAACUUUCUCUUGUCUUCUUU